AUGUACUCAAGAGCUCGUAAAUCGCAAGAAAAUUCAAGUAAUGGGAAUACUGAUGAGGUUUCCACCUACAAUCAGCAUCAAUCCCAUAACAGCAGUAACAACAACAAUAGUAACCAUCACCAUCACCACCACCAUUACCAUCAUCAUCACUCACACCAGUAUCCUCACACGAACACUAUUCCUGCAAACAAAGAUGGCAAACGUUAUACCAUGAAUGAAGUAUUCCAAGUAUGGUAUGAUAAUAAAGACCAGAUUUUGAACAAUAGUGUUCCCGUUGGUGCUGAUGAACCCUACAAAUUGUCUAAACCAGAGCCUAUUUAUCAUUUAGAUUUGCAAAGCAAUCUAACCAAAUCAGGUGAUUUUCAACUGGAAACUACCAAAGAAGUCACUGAUUCAUUAGAUAAGCUUACCAUUGGUGCAGAUUCUGAAGUAGAUACAGCUACUCAGGUCAGUACUGCAACAGGAGGGCCCUCGGCAACAACAGGGACUGGGACAAUUUCUUCGAUUCAACAAGCACCACCAGGGAUGUCACAAUUGCAUAAAGAUUUUCCUAGUGUUGAUUCCAAAUUUAGACCUUUAGUAACAUCUGAUAAAAUUGAAUGGCAUUACAUUGAUCCUUCAGGAAAUGAACAAGGUCCAUUUAAUGGUGAUAUGAUGCAGGAAUGGUUAGCUGGAGGUUAUUUGAAUCUUGAAUUGAAAAUAAGACGAAAAGAAGAAGCGUCGUUCAAGACAUUGAGGGAUUUAUGUGAAAGUUUGCAGAAUUAUGUGACUCCUUUUAAAGUUCCAUUACCUGAUUUAACUACGCCUAAUGGUGAUGCCAGUGGUGGUAAUGCUACAGACAAUGGAGUUAGGACCACAACCACUGGUGGUGGCAGUCAGUUCUUUUCUGAUAAUUUGCUGGGUAAUACCUUUCCUAAUUUCCAAUCCAACUUGUUGUCUUCAUUGGGUGGUAUGCCACAGAAUAAUUCAUCUCAAACAAAUUUGUUUGCUAAUGAUUUUAUGAAACUGGACCCGUUUUCCAAUCCAUUGCAGUCUAUUAACCCAGGUGGCUCCUCAGGGUUUUCCGGUUCAAGUUUUGGUAUUGAUACAUUCAACCAACAUACUACUGCUGCUAGCAACAUGGAUGCGUUCAAUCAGAGUUUGGGGUUUCCGUCAAUGCCAACCUUGUUGCAACAACAAAUUCAUCAACAACAACAACCAGCAUUGUCUAGAGUCAACAGUGGUUGGGGUGUUGAUACAGCAUCAUCCAUUUUGCAUUCAGGGAGCAGUCCACAAACUCCCAUUGGUGGCCAUUCUGUUUUGAACAAUCCAAUUAGCCAACCUGCUCCAAUGUCUCCUUGGUUGCCAGAGGCUGUUACCCAGUCUCAUUCAAGAGUUAGUUCUCCAUUUACAUCAAGUGUAAACCUAAUUGGCGGAGACACAGAUCCAUUAGCUUCGGUUCAACCAGAAACCAAUAUUGCCAAAAACAACACUACAGGUUCCGUUGGUGGGGUCUCUGAAAACAGAUCUACAACCAAUACUAAACCCUCUCCACAAUCCGAAGAUUUAGUUUUAGAUGACAUUCAUAAUUCUGUUGUCACUGAUAUUUUGAACGAUGAUGAACCUAAAACAACUAACAACCAACAUGAUCAAGCAACAUUGGUUCCCAUUGUCCAUGAUCAAUCUACAUUGGCUCAACCUACGCCUUCUGAGUCUAGACAAUCAAUUUCAAACGAAUCCACUGCCAAAGUUUUAGAAACAGAGCAAGAACCAGAACCAGAACAAGUUAAAACAGUUGAGUUAAAGCCAUCUACACCACAAGUUUUGGCCCCAUGGGCAGCCGCUAAAGCCGAUUCCAAGAAACCGGCCUUAACAUUGAAAGAGAUCCAAAGACUUGAGGCAGAAAAAUUGAAUGAACAAAAGAGAAUUGAAGCACAAAUCAAAAGUGAACAAGCCGCUAAAGCUUGGGCCAAUGCUGCAGCUGCUGAAAAGGCAAUUAAAGCUGAAAAAACUCCAGUUGCAUUACCAUCAACUUGGGGGUCUGCUUCUAAUGUUCCAGUUACUAAAACCUUGGCUGAAAUUCAAAAGGAAGAAGCCGAGCGUGCUAAGGCUAAACAAGCAGCUGCCAAAGUCAAUUCUCCAAGUACUACAUUUGCUCAUGCCAUUUCUAAUUCAGUUCCAAGAGAUGAUGGACCUGCUUGGACUACAGUUAGUAGUAAAAAGCAAACUUCGGCUCCAGUUGUAAAGAAAGCUGCUACUACAACUACUAUUCCAACUUCAGUUUCAAAAACAACUCCUCAAUUAUUGCGUUCGGUUUCUGCCAAUAAACAAAAUGUUUCCGCUGUAAAUGCUCAAGCGAUUAGAGAAGACUUUUUGGUAUGGGCUAGAUCCAGUAUGACCAGCUUGUAUCCAACUGUCUCUAAAGAUGAUUUAUUGGAAAUUUUUAUUACUUUACCACCAAAUUCGGCCGAUUCAAGCUCAUUAAUUGCUGAAACUAUAUACAGUUCUUCUGCUACUAUGGAUGGAAGAAGAUUUGCUCAAGAGUUUUUAAAGAGAAGACAAAAAGUUGAUCAACAAAUUGGUGGUGGGGAUCAUGUAUCUUGGUCAGCAGCCAUCAUUUCAUCAGCAGAUAAAGUUCAAACUGUUGAUGAAGAUGGUUGGAGUACUAGUUUGAAAUCCAAAAAGAAGAAUGGUAAAAGAAACUAA